AAUCGAACACAUACAAGACCCACAUUCUGCGCAGUAGACGGGGAGGUUUUCCCACGAAAGGUAACGGUAGGCCAUUCAUAGUAGUGCAACGAUUGAAUGGUUGUUUCAUCAGAAAAUUGCUACUCCUUUGCGCCCUUCGCGGCUUCUUCGCGAGAGCGAACGGUUUAAAAGAAAAGCUGCAGCAUGGUGUGCGGUUUCCUGCACAUUCAUUCAAGCACGCCAACGGAAAGGAAGUGAAAACUACGCGCUCGGGUUAUUGACCAAAUUGUCUGUGUUUGCAACUACAAACAAAGAAGGGAAAAGCAUUUGGCAAAAAUACCAAAGCUUUUCGUGAAAGCUGCGUUACAACCAUCAUCUACAUGAUGUUUCAUUCAUGUAGAUAGUUCAUAGUGAUUUUAUCGUCGCAUUUUUGCAUCAGUUCCGGUUUGUAGCGUGUGCCAGCGUGGCACACACUCUUAGUGAGGCUCGCCCACCUAGCGAAACUUCUAGAACGUCAACACAAUCAUCAUGAGUACCCCAAUCUUUAUCACUGUACCGACCAAGUACAUCCCAAUAAAUGUGGCACCGGCGGUUGUAGCAAAACCACCGACCACAGCAACAGCAACGGUGAAGCCUUUGGCAAAACGGCCCGCAUCGGUUGCUCCGUCAUCGGUGGCGUCGGAUGACGAAUCCUCCUCGAUGGAUGAGUUUAUCGUACGCGGCAAAAAGCGCCGCCUCGAUCAUCUCACGUGGGAGGAAAAAAUUCAACGCAAGAAGCUGAAAAAUCGUGUCGCUGCACAAACAUCACGCGACCGUAAGAAAGCCAAAAUGGAAGAUAUGGAAAAGACGAUCCAAGAACAAUCGGUACAGAUAGUGCAUCUGCAGAAGCGGUGCAGUGCACUGGACACCGAGAAGGGUGCUAUUUACGAUAAGUAUCUGGAUCUUGAGCGACGGUUCGAGGAUCUGCAAAAGCGCCUGCUGGCACAGGAGCAGAAGGUGGUGAAAGAGGAACCGCAGGAAGACGACGCUGUCGUUGGUGGCAGUGUGGGUUGCGUUACUGCCGGGCGCCAAACGGGAUCAGCAGCAUCCCCACGAUGCCCUCUGCAGCAGACUGUACAAGUGCGGUCCGGCGGAAACGCAAACGACACUGCCCCGGACAGCGAACGAUCCGCAUCUGGCAGUUCUCAUGAAGAUCAUUGCGAUCUGCCUGCUCUACAAGACAUGUUCGAAAAUUUCGACGUGUCCCACCUUGAAGAGCUUGCCGAAACCCUGCUCGCAGGUAUCGGCGCAGACCUGGAAGACAUUGAUCGCGCAAGCCGGUCGGCUGAUGCCGAAGGCGAGCGCACCAGCCAGUGCCUGUCUGGAUCAGUGGUGGGGUCCACAGCAGCAAUCGUGGAAUCCAGUCGACCGGAGACCCCUACGGGAAAUCGUCUAAUUCUUACCACGCACAACUACAGCAAGUCGCCGUUUUACGAGUUAUCGGAUGCACCGCAGCAACAUGCGACGGUCCAACCGAAGAAGGAACAAGAGGACUAUGACAUGCAUCCCGACCAUGCGAUCACCUUGCAGCAUCAGCAACCUGCAACGAUACUACCGAAUAGUGAUACAAUCUACGGCACGUACGACAACGAAACGAACUGCAUAACGAUCGUGCUGGCAGACGAUGAGGAAGUCAGUGAAACGACGGUCACUUGCAUGGAUGGUCCCGAUACUGUCGAACCAAGCGAAGAAAUAAUUCUGCUCGAGCAAGCAGAGGAUGAGACAAUGGAAGACUCACAUGGCUCCGUUAGACUCACAGCUCCUCUCUCGUCGGAACCAUUCUUGCCACUCGCACCCAUCACAAUAAGGCCGCCAUCGCCACUUCAGGAUCUCCUAUCGCCGAUCGCGCACCAACCGCUCAAGAGCCCUGGAGGAUUCUCUAGCGUUUCCGACGCCGGUUACGAAUCGCUCGGUUCACCUACCCCGGUCUCGAAUGCCAGCAAAACGAUACCAUCCGAUCCCUGCACGAUGUCUCUCGAUUAUGCGCUAAGCGACGAUUUUAACGAGUUUUGGAAUUUGGAUCCUCUAUUUCCAAUCCUGGAGUAGUGGCGUUGUAACUUGAAUUCUUUUCUUGUCGAAAGUUCAUGCAACCAUCAUGACCACCGGAUGUAUUUCUCGCAUCGGUGUCUCAACCGCCCCCCUAGUUUCGUUGUACAAAGUCUAGUGUAUAGCCAAUUAUCGUUUACGUUAGUAGUACGUUUGUUAUGUUGAGCUUGUUUGAUGGUUACACCUGAACACACAAUGUGUUAGGGCAUCAGAGUGUAAAUGUACGUAUUAGCAUAUGUGAAGAAGCCGUAGAUAGUAUCAUUAUUUAUGUAUAAGGAUCUCUUGUCGGACAGUUGCGAUAGGUUUUCAGAUAACGUUUUAUAAAUUUAGUCAUUUUAGAAAUGGGUUUCUCCCUGUUUAAGUUCAACCUUAGCACAUCUGACCCCUAGUGACUUUGUUUAUAAUUUGUGCAUUUUGUUCUUCUAAUUAAUUCGUUAAAAUAAGCGACUUUGAGAGUUUUGCUAACCAUUCACGUUGCACCUAUCUAUGGGCAAAAAAUGGAUAUGGAAAAUAGAGGAAAAAGAAAUAAAAACAAAUUUUCUUCACACAACCACAAAAAAAAAAACAAAA